AUGGUUGCCUUAAAGCGCUUCUUCCAUGCGGAGAAAUCUUCACCGGCAAACUUCGACGGUCAUGACGCUCGAGCAGUCAGCCCAGGAGGCGAUGAUCACCACGUUUUGCCCAACGUGAAGACAUCCCGGCGCAUGGCCGCGGAAAAUCAGUGUGAAGUAACGCACAACCAGAUGCAGUCGAGACCCUUGUCAGCUCGUUCGCAUGCGCCUCCGUCUCGGGCAUCGACUCGUCCUCCAGUCCCAGCAUCUCGGCACGUUGAUCUGCUCGAUGCUUUGUUUUCUUCACACCGGUAUCACAUCCAAAGCGCCAGCACUUUGUCGCCGAUUACACCAUACAAUGAAGACAUAGCCGAACGGAACAUGGUGCCCUUCUUGAGAGGACUGGCGCUCAAGAAUACCUACUGCUCGCGUCCGGUUUCAACUCUGUAUCAGGAAGAGGUAGCAGACCGGAAUAUCUCGAGUAGAAGCAGCAGUCGCUCCAUUCCCCACAGUUUCAGCGCACGCUCUCGGGCUACACCACCUCGUUCCAGGCAGGGAUCACAGAGGUAUGUAGACAAUGCUAGGGAUCGCCCCCAUUCACGGGCGAAAGGCACGCUGCUGGAGCGGUCUAUUUCUCCUGAGAGCUCAGUCUCUGUACCUCAAUUGCGUACUGAGGAGCGCCCUGGCUCUUCCAGGGAAGGGGCCUUUCAGAGAAGCUCCCUGCGAUCUCAGAGGUCUGCGCCUGACUUGCUAGCUGAAUGGAACAAUGCGCCGGAGGAAGAAGCCGUCUCCCGUUCGAAUGGAUACUUGGGCGUCCCUCCUGCUCACAAGCAAGGCGAUAAAUGGAGCAAUACGCCGCUACCUGAUAGCCCAACGCUCCCAUUAUCCAUGAGCAGUGACGGUAUGAGCGAGACUGAAUCCCCUCCGGAUACACAGAGUACCCCUCCAGCGUCCGCUCGUCAUGGCAACAAAAAGAAUAUCCGAGAUCUUUCUAUAAACACGAAGAUAGCAGCUCGAGGAAGCCCGAGCACGAAGAUUGCACAUCGGGCAAUACAGCCGCCUACUCCCAGUGCUGUCGAUCCUAAGCAAGCCCCUAGCAUUGCGGAGGUUAUGAACAGCCCUCUCCCUGUGGGAACACCGACAUCCAUCUCAUCCUUGCCUCAGUCCAACGACAAAGUUAUCGAGAUCAUGGACAUGUUCAGGCAGGCUUUUGCUUCGACCCAAGAGGUCACACCACACCCUACCUUUGAGAGUCUCCAGGAUGCUAUCAUCAGGGAGAUCAAUUCUCACGAAGCCUUUCAGCGCAUUUCCUUCCCCACCGAGCCCUCACUCACUCCUUCGCCAUCUCAGGAAUCCUUUGACAGAGCUCCUCAUGUGCCAUUGUGCCCAGGACCAGGUCUGGAACGAAGCCUUUCUGCAAAGGAAGGGCAAUUCUCGAAGUUGAUCCGCAAAAGCUCCUUCAAAAAGCACAAGAGAAGUCCUGAGCAGCGCAGAAGCAUAUCCACGAGCGUUCCCGUAACGGCUUUCCGGGCCUCACAGACAACCAGUCGACGGAGGCACACCGACGCUCCUCUUCCCUCCCCAGGAGUCCUCAGUAAUAGGGAGGCGAAGCAACAAAAUAAGGAGAGCCCCGAGGAGCAAGUGACCUACAUGGAUCUUCUCCAAUCGGAAAGAUUAUCCCACAAUCCUCCAAGCAACCCGGGUCGUGCUGUAUCCAUGAGAACCAACUCGUCCCAUGGCAACUUAAUGAACAUGAGCGGGGCACCAUCAGUCCUACGCAUGCGCGCACAAGCCUCUCCAGUAAGAAUCAGCCAGAUCAGCUACUCAGAAGACGACAGCGACGACGAAGAAAUCAUCCAAUUGCCCAGCGUUGGUGGGACACCGCACGUCUGUAUCCAGGGUGUCGAUCAGAACAACGUCACCUACAUGGCUAGAAACACGACUCCGCGAAACGCCUACCGGCUCAUGAGCUGGCCUCGGAAAUCAGGUCCCAAUGCGCACAGCAGAACCACCAUUUCCAGCGAACGAGUCCCUUCCCGAACUUCGUCCAGAAACGGACAGCAGUUCUAG